AUGAGAAUUGAUCUUCCUGAACAAACCCCAACUUCAAGAACCCACAAAAACUCAUCAUCUACCUCACAAACAACUUCAAAGAAAAAGAAGACUUCUUGUUCUCCAUACCCAAAUCCACAAUCUAAACCUAUCAAGGAUCCUUCUCCUCAAGUUACUGCUUCUUCACCAUCUCUUCCUACUGCUCGCACUCCCACUCCCUCGUUUGAGUCAGCUGAUUCCACUCUUCCUCAAUCUCCAAAAUUUAGUAAAAAUCCUUCAACGCAUACUGCCGCUCCUUCAGUUGAGGAUGCAUUUGAAGACAAUCCUCUACCACGUAUAGAGGAUGGUGAAGACCUAUUCUUUGAUCGGAACAUAUCUUAUGACCACCCUUCUUUAAAGAGCCUUCUUGAGAAUGUGCCUGCUGAAAUAUCCUCAUUUCCAACUCAAGUAAGUUUGAACUCUUCUCCUCUUUCUCCAAAAAGUGCACCAUUUAGUUCUGGCCCAAAUUUAGAAGAACAUUCCCAACCUCUUCCAGAGGUUCCUGUGCAUUUUAGCUCUUUUGAUUCCCUCUUGGCUACACAAUUUGAUAAUUCUUCAAAAGAUAAGGCUGGGAGCUUGCACAACAAAAGUGCGAGUGGUGAAUCAAAGCCCAACAAGAAAUCAGUAGGAAAUCUGAACAACAAGCAAUUGAAGCUACUAACGACCAUUAGGAAAGAUCAGAAGAAAUUGCAAGCUAACUUCUCUCACAUCCAAAACACAAUUGCUUAG